AUGCCAUCAUCAGUAAAGAACCACAGUGCCACUGUGGAAGCAUCAACUCCCCACAAGGUCUCCUCCGCCAAAAAGGCAACGGCCGCUAAGGUCGAAGACCGGAAAUCGCACGCGACGCCAAAGAAGGUCUCAUCAGCCACAGCCGCCGCUAAGGACAACGUCUCGACCAAAGACCACGCUACCAUUACACCGGUAACAAAGAAGGUCUCCUCCUCCACGCACAAGCCCACAUCAUCGGCCUCAAAGACUGCAUCAUCUGCUUCGAAACCAGCCACAUCGUCUGCACACAAGAGCGCGGACCAUGCAUCCAAGACGGCUUCCUCAUCCGCACACAGAACUGCCGACCAUGCCUCGAAGACGGCCAAGUCGGCAUCACAGACUGCCAGCAAGGCCGCUAGUGGCGGCAGCGGCGCAGAUAUUGUAAAGAAGAUGCAGGAGAAGAAGAGCGCUCAAUACACAGAAACGACUGGUUCAGACAUUGUAAAGAGAAUCCAGGCCCGGAAGGCUGCCGCCGCAAAGGAAGCUGCCAGGAAAGAGGCAGCAGCAGCCAGGACCCACGAAGACAACCUGCCCAAGAAGAAGCCAGCCGUUGCCGAGGCACCAAAGGCUGUGCCCAGAGCUCCCGUCACAGUACCCAAAGCUGCUCCCGCCCCUGUCAAGAAGCAAGCCAACCCCAUCCCGGCCCCGGCUAUCAGGAAUGUUCCCGCACCCACUACCAGCCCAGCCAAGGUCGCGAAGAAGGAAAAGGUCUACGCCCCGGGUGCCCUUGUACCAACCGCCGAGCUCGAGGCUAGGAAGGCGAAGGCUGCUACGCCCAAGAAGGAGAAGCAGUACCAUCCCAGUGCUCUCACCCCUACAAACGAGAUUGAGGCUAGGCGCGCCGCCAAGAAGGCCCAGGCCGGCGGACCUGUGGGGCAGGUUACCGAUACCGUCGGCAGAACCGUUGGAGGCGUCGGCAAGACCGCCGGCGGAGUUGUCGGAACUGCCGGUCGGACCGUUGGCGGUGUUGGAAAGACCGCCGGAGGUGUCGUCGAUGGCGUCGGCAGGUCAGCGGGCGGCACCGUUGAUGGCCUCGGCAGGACUGUCGGAGGCGUCACCAGCGGCCUCGGCAAGCAAGUCGGUGGUACUGUCGGGGGCCCACUUGGUAGAGGCGUUCAGGGCGCGACUGACGGCCUUGGGAAGACUGUUGGCGGUGCUACCAGCGGUGUGGGUAACACUCUUGGAGCCGCGACGGGUGGCUUGAACAAGACGCUGGGUGACACCACUGGUGCUCUCGGCCGAGGAGAUUUGAUGGGCACCGUCGGCGGUGUUACCGGUGGAGUUGGAGAUACUGUCGGAGGCGUCGGCAAGGGAUUGGGCGACACUGUCGGCGGUACCCUCGGAGGUGUCGGAGCCACGGUUGGCGGACCGGUUGGCGGCAUCGUCGGCGGAGUUGGCAAGGGUGCCGGUGAUGCGGUGACUGGUAUCACCGGGGGCUUGGGCAAGGGUGUUGGCAGACUUGGCAAGGGUGACGUCCUCGGCGGUGUUGGCGAAGUUGUUGGUGGGGUGGGAGAUGGCGUCGGCGGCCUUCUCGGUGGUGUCCUCGGAGGUCUUGGAGGUGGUGGCCAGGAGAACAGUGGUGGCCUUCUUGGAGGUGUACUUGGCGGAGGCGGUGAUGGUAAGGAUGGCGGCGGUGGUGGUUUGCUCGGGGGUGGCGGCGGCAAGGGUGGAGGAGGUCUGUUGGGACUGUGA